AUGAAUCAAUGGGAGACGAACCUUGAUCUUAGUUUAGGUGAUAUUGGGGACAAGUAUUAUGUCAACGAUGACAGUGUUGUCCAUUCAGAUUCCAUAGUACAGACUCCUGCCAAGCAUUACCCAUCAUCGGAUGCGCCAUUACGCAAAUGGAUGGGUUAUGAGUCCAGAAGUGGCUAUCGCAAGGAGUACCUCCUUGAGGACUUGUGUCUAGAAGGUCGCGGUAGUGCCACAAAUGAAUUAUGCUCCUGUGGCGAAUCAGAUGCAAAUGGUCUGAAAGAGUGA